AUGAUGCUCUUUUUUUUAUUUUCUGUACUUGUAUCGACGGUUUUUUGUGAUACCCAAGUUGAAGAAAGUGAGUUAAUUUUUCUGAAAAAUACAUUAAAAAAAGAUUUGUUUUUAGUCACUCAUACAUUCGAAUUAACAGUUUUGCAAGAUCAUUACGCAGAAAUUGAAAUUGAUAUUGAGAGAAAGGAUUUAGAACAAGUUGGGGUAGAAUAUCGACAAGUAUGGAAGGAUUUUUGGAUUUAUAAAGCAGGUAAUUAUUUUCAAAAUUUUUAAACUUCAUUAACAACAAAACAUUUUAGCCGGUAAAUCACCAAGAGUUCAUAUUUCCAAUCUCAAACCUUGGAGCAAAUAUGAAUUGCGUGUAGUGAAAGAUCCUGGAAAUGGAAUUUUACGAAAAACGAUUUCUAAAACUCUCAGAUUUACAACACUUGAGAAAAGGCGUCCGUCUUUUUUCGAAAAUUUAUUUGAAACAUUUUUGAGUUGGUUACCUGUUAUUAUUAUUGCAAUUGUUAUGUGCUUGGUUGCUGGCUUUUUGAUCAAAAUUUUGAUUUUAUAA